GUCCCAUCAGUGGUAUGUCUGGCUCAACAGGGGGAGAUCCUUGCUUCAGCCACAUUUGGGCAAGCAGAGUCUUCUGAUCUGCACUCCAUCUAUGUUUGAUUAUAGGUCCCUCAAACCUGAGAUGUGUCUAUUCCUUUCCCCCCUUUAGAUGACACUUCCUUCUCUUAUAUCAUUGUCACCCCUGUUAUUGGCUGGAAAGGAGUAAGAAGAGAACAAUUUUCACUCAAUGGUCUCUAAUAGAACAUGAGUUUCCUAAUCACUUAGUUUCCUAAUUACAUUAGAUCCCUAAUUAAAUUAGUUUCCUGAUUAAAUUAGGUUCCUAAUUAGAUUAGAUUCCUGAUUAAAUACCAGGACUUUCCCACAGGAGAUCUCGGGGGACACCCAUGCAGAACUUGGUAGAAUCUCUGAAGCCAUCUGGUCUACCUGUGCCAAUGGAUCCUUUCAGCAUUGCUGAAAGGUGAACAGUCUCUGGACAUAAGCUCUGUGCUGCAUCACCAGGCUCUUUGCUGGAGUCACACUCUGCCCUUUGUUGACACCAUGUGCCUUCAGUGGGGACAGUGUCACCCCCAAGAGGGUAAAGAAAUCAUGAUUUUAGAUAUUAAAUUUUCAUGGAGGGAAGGUGAUAAAGGAACAUGUGUUUAAAAAAAGUUUCUUAGGUGGAGAAAAAGACUAGAAAAGCAUCGAGUAGCACUGGCUUAUGCAAAAGGGUCUGUCUCUGGCUGGGAAGUUAAAGUUAUGCGAAGUCAUCCGCAUCCUUCCAUUCUGCAUCUCCUAUGUCCAAGGAUGAAGGAGUCAAAGAUCCAGUUCUCCUCUAAUUGUAGAGCUCUGGUCGUUUGUUCCUCUCUCAUAGCUUGGCACUUAGCAUUAGUGACUUUGUGUCAUUUGUAUGUAUCUGCUCUGUCUUCGUAACUAUAUUAUAAAGCAUUUUAGGGUAGAGGCCAUGUGUUCAUUUGGUAGUUCAUACGUUUAUUCAUUUCUCUGUCAAACAUUCAUUGAGCACCCCUAGGCAUGGGGCUAGAUUCUAAAGAGACAAAGAAUGCAGGAUAUGGUCUCCAACUUCAAAGACUUCCCAGUAAGUAAAGAAUGUUGAAACAGCGUGACAGGGGUAACAACAGAGAUGUCUAUAAGUUGCACAGAGAGGUACCUUUCCCAGUUGGGUGGAGGCAGUGCUUGAGCUGAGACUUGAAGGAGAAAGGAGCUUCCCAGAUAAAGAGUGUGGAGUGGGGAGAACAUUCCAGACCAAACAGGAAGCUUCGAAUAUGCUUGGAGACAAUGGUACAGGUGGGAAGAGACUGGAAAUGAGGUCAGGACAAAGCAAAGGAACCUUCAAGCUUAUUCCAAGGACAUGAAUUUUUAUCCAUAAAGCAAUGGGAUGAUGAUGGUAUAAAUCCCAGUGCAAGGGCAGGAGAAGACCUAUGUCCCAGCUCAGUGGACAGGCUGGAAGAAAAAGGGGCAAAUUUUCUUCUUCCUCUGCCUUUUGUUCUACUGAUCAGAUGAAACCCACCCAUAUUGGUGUGGGUAAUCCACUUUGCUAAAUCUAUUGAUUCUCAUGCAAAUCCCAUAGAUUCACCUAGAAAUAAUGUUUAACCUGGGCUUCUCAGGAGUGAACAUUUUCCUGGCAAUUCUCAAAUAAUUGGGUACCAUGUAUGCUUACUUGUGGCUCUGAAAACUAUUUAUACCCAGGGGAAUGUGUUUGUACUUAGCCUUUGUAUCAGGUGAUAUGUGAGGACUUGUAAGGGACGUACUAUACAUUGUGUGUUCUCCACGCUUCCUCUGAGUUCUUCCUUAAGGUCUGUGAAUUUUGGUGGGAAGUGAGGAAGGUAACAUUGGCAUCAAGAACAAGCGGGAAGAGAAACAAGGGGGACCCAUAGCAUAGUCUCUGAUUAGGGCAGAUGCCCAGGCAUUGUGCUGAAGAAUAAGCUUAUAGUAUUGUUUGGAAAUGGUUGGAUAGUUAUCAAUGAACCAGAGCAGAAGACCAGAACGGAAACCAUGACACCCACCCCGCCCUAAGUUUGGGCUUCCUCCAAAACCAUUUCCCUUCUGAAUGUGGAUGCAGUGAGCUGGAUAGAGGAUAUAAGUCAGCUACAGGAAGCUCUCUGCACACUCUAGAGCCUCUUGCCUCUGCCUUUGGUCAGACCUGCCCUCAGUUCCAUGGGAGGCUUCGAGGGUCAUCUGUACCCAGGACUUUCUCUCUUCUUCUAUGGGCUUUAUCACACACGACUCGUUUACAGGGCCUUGAUAUGCAACUGCCCCGUUCAGUAUGCGCCACGCCGUCCUUGGCGCAAAGGAGGAUGGGCCAGGCUGCAGCAAAUAUACUAUGUUGGGUUGGUGAAGAUACUGAGCGCCUGCAUUCUAGUAGCCCAAGAGCUGCACAGCGUUCCUGGGCAUUUUGUACUCAUCACCAAGAUGUAUUAUCAGAAAAACUUUCUGUACCGCAAGCAGUGGCAGCAUCUCACUAUGUAUAUGACCUUCUUCCUGAGCGGAUGUGCGGAUGUGGUAAGCCAGAACCUGCUGCCCCAGAGGUGCGCCACUCUGGAGCAAGGGGCCCAAGCUCUGGGUGUGUUGAUGCUUCUGCUCCUGAUGGUGUCUCACAUGCAGGACACAGAAGGAGUAGAGCUGCAAUCUCAUAUGCUGCUCACCCAGGCCAUCUUCCUGCUGCUGUUCGUGGUCAUCGCAGAGCUGUGGGCUCCCAACACACCGCAGCUCUGGCUGCUGAAGGCCUUUUUGUAUAUGAUGAUUGGCUCUUGGCUGAUGCAGAUUGGCUUUAUGCUGUACAAACCAAUCUCGGGCUAUACAUGGAUGGACAACGACAAAAACGACAUUAUAUUUGUCACCACCUUCUUCUGCUGGCAUGUGGCUUUCAUUGCCAUGGUCAUGGUCUGGGUCUAUGGCUUCUCCUUUUGGUGGUAUCGUUACAUUUGUUGAUAUCUGAACCUUGGCGAGCCCAGCCCGGUUCCUGUCACCUGCACGUUCUGGAGCAUGUGGUUGAGAAGUUGCAGGGAAGCAGAGCUGUCAGAGAGGAGGACCGGACGUUCUUCUUCCUACCUGAUGCAGCAGACCCUGCGAGGGCAAGGCAGCACACCCACCUCUCCCUUCUGGCUUCUCUCAGCCUCAUCUGAGCUGUGUGCUGAGGAAAGGCGAAUGACACGUGAGAGGCAUGCGACUGUGACCAUCACCCUCAGCUCCCCAAAUGUUUCCCCUACCUUCCCUCACUCUGCUCAAUGCCUGCCAAGGCAGCCUGCUCUCCCACCCCUUCCUGCCCUCCUCACUCCCCUCCAGGAGAAUGUAAAAAUGGAUGUGCUAAGUCCUGCCUCUGGGUCUCCAGAAAUACCCCGCACCCACCACACGGAAUACCAACCAAGCACAUUUAGCACAUCGUAACCAUUUACAUACACCAUGAUGACCACCUCCUCAGCCUUUCUCUUUCUGGACCUCUUCCAUACUCGUACUAAGUCAGAAUGCCAUCUUGAAUAUAUUGAAUUCUGAGAACUGUUACUGAGUUCUUUGUUUUCAUUGCUUUAUAAUUUGUCAAAAUGAAAGCCAGAUCCCCCUUUUCAGCUUUGUUGAGGUGUACUUAAUAUAUUUUAAAAAGGCACAUAUUUAAUGCAUACAUUUUGGUGAGAUUGGACCUGUGUGAUACCAGGAUACCAUCCCCACGAUGCUUAGAGGCAGUUCCCUCUGCGGGGUCUGGUAGGACAGAGCAACACGCUGCACACAGUGGGGCUCAGAAGGGCUUGUCUGCUCCUGGAACUUCUCUAGCUCUGCCUCCCUCUGUGUGGUCUGCAAGGUCUUCUAUCUGUGUAGACUAGCCCAUUGCUCUGUGCACACCUCAAUCCAUUUCCAAGUGGUAGACUCAUCAGGACCCACUUUCUGGUUUGCAUGAAGAAUACAACCCGAUAAUUUAUUGAUUUCACAUAGUUUUCUUUUUAAUGCUACAAUGCCCUGACAGGUCGGUUUAUAGAUGAUAAUCUAAAAUUCAAAGAAACUGGCUUACAGGUAGCUAGCCAUUUUGCCGUGUCAUGUAAUGCCAUAGCUGAGUGUCAAGAAAGGCUGGAAUUCUGAAGAGUAGAGUUGAAUUAUUGGGAAAUUGCAAAACAGUGUCUCUCUGUCACCCAUUCUGCUUCUCUCUUGGCUGUCCCCAGGAGAUGGAGCAUCUGUCAAGCUUCCCUUUCUCCCAGUCAUGUCAGGACUAAAAUAUCAAGGCUUAGGACCAAGUGAGGUGAAAGCAGGGAUUCUAGAGGGGCAUCUUCCUGGUUUUCUUUUUGCUUCUAGUUCCCAGGAGAAUUAGAUGAAUCCUUCUCUUUUUUGUAAAUUUUUUGGUUCAAAAGUUAAGGGGUAGCAGAGGUGAAUUAGUGCCUGGUUGUUAAGGGUCCAUACCCUCUGGUUUGGGAGGCCGGUGAGCAUCCUGGGUUAUUGCAAAGGGAAGAGGUGCUUCCCAGUGUCAUUUAGACGGGGCUCAGCAGUGUCUCAUCCAGUGGGGUGGCAUGCAUGUGGCUCUCCGUGAAAGGCUUACCCCUUGCACCAUUGGGGUGACCAGACACCAAUGCUGCUCUCCCCUGGAGAAGGAAAUGAAAUAGUCCUCAGGCUACCAACCAUCUGCAAAGCAUCCCCCAUGGAGGGGGCCCACGCACCAAAAAUCGUUCUGAGAUUGCAGCUUU